GAAAGGCCUCAGAAUCAAGGCGCCACUCUGCUGAAUGCAUCCGAGAAUGAGAUUCUGUACUCGUUGCUUGGUCAUGAUUGUAUAUCGCUGGCGGCCGGUGUUGUACAAUUGUUGCGAGCCGAUCCACACAAUGCACGCGUUUGGACAAGAGCGCACGUCGGUGUGGUGUCGUUGGUGAAGGACUACCCGAAACGAUCGUAUUUUCUGCGACUCUACGAAAUAUUCAAGAAUAAAUUCGUAUGGGAACAAAUGCUAUAUAAAAACUUUCGAGUUUCAUCGACCGCAACAUGCCCGAACCUGCUGACGUUCGAGGGCGACGAGUGUAUGUAUGGAUUGAAUUUCUCGGAUCGAGAAGAAGCCAUCAACUUUAAAGCACAUCUGGAUAAACGCUUCGAACAAGAGCAAAAAACUGGUAGGUGCAACUAA